AUGAUGGCCUUCACUUUGCUAGCUUGCCUGCACGCUCUGUUCCCUUUUGUUUCUCCUGCAGGAAACAUUUCUCUCAAGUGCAUGCAAGAUACUGACGAAUUCCUUUCUGAUCUGAAUUCACUGAAGCCCAAAGAAUACGCUCUGAGAAUGUAUGACUCAGUGGGAAAGCUUGGAAGCAAUAUUCUUAAUGGCAACGUGGACAGGCUGGGAUCCUACAGCGAGUGCCUUACCACCCGGAGCCCCAAGGGGAGUUUCCGGGGGCAGUACUGCAAGCUUCAUAUUCUGCAGGAUGGAGCAGACUAUAGUGUGGGAGUGUGUGUCCCUGAUUCUUGUGCUGAAGAGGACGUGACCAUGAUGUCUCAGUUGGGCAUUCUAAGGUUCAGAAACACCUCGUUCUUGGAACCUUCCCUGUCCCUCUUUACAAAAGACUCUUCCUCAUCUUGUGAAGUUGUGGCCAGAUGUGCUGCUGGGGCCUUGAGGCUGGACUUGUUUGCUUCCGUGUGUCUGUUCGUCACCUUGAUAGGCCUUGUCCUUCCUGUGGCUGGAACUGUUUACAUGGUGGUCAGGGACUGGGGCUUGGACCUCAGAACAUCAUCUGUACGUGGGACUCCUCCUACCAGUUGUGAGAGUCUGCCUUUGCGAAACAUGGAGAGCAACAGACAAAGAAACAGGACCAGUUGUCAAGGUCAGCUCCCUCCUCCAGGACCCCCGAGCAGAGGAAGAAGGUUUCUAGGAGCCGUGGAUGGAGCUCUGCAGUGCUUUUCUUGGCAGAAGAACAUGCCGGCCAUCUGCACCCCAGAACUGCCAGGAGGCACCUGCCGGACACUGAAUGGGAUCCGAGUCCUGAGUCUCCUCUGGAUUAUCUCGGGACACACCAGUCAGAUGACCGCUUGGCUGUCUUUGGAUAAUGUGCUCGAAUGGAAAGCCAGAGUGCCUGAGAACCCGCUGUACCUCUAUUCUCGGAGCGGCCCCUUCUACCUCGGGGUGGAUACAUUUUUCCUGAUCAGUGGUUGGUUAAGUGCAAGGUCAUUUCUAAAGAUGCACCGGAACACCAGCGCAGGAAUAACCCCUAAAGUCAUUCUCAGAUACUUUCUGAAACGUUUUACAAGGUUGCAGCUCCUUCACUUGUACUCUGUGUGCUUGCUGGUUGGUAUCUUCUCUUUUGUUCCCUGGGGACCUGUCUGGGAUGUAGCCCAGUUCCACUGGGAUAACUGCCGGGAGGUUUGGUGGACGAAUCUGCUGCUGCUGAAUAACUUCCUGUCUGUUCAGAAUGCCUGCAAUGGCUGGACUUGGUACCUUGCCAGCGACUUCCAGUUCCACCUCAUGACACCGCUGAUCUUCUUCGUCCAUGGAAAAAGUAAACGUGUCCUCGUCCUCCUGGGGGGCCUUCUGUUCCUGGCAUCUUUCACGGCCACUGCUCUGCUCACAUUGGCUUAUAAACUUCCGGUGGCAUCUCCAUCAGCAGCCAGUGAAAAUGGGACUGUGCUAUAUUUCUCAGAGUAUUACACCAAGCCCUACUGUCGCUGUGGCCCGUUCCUUGUGGGCCUCUUCCUGAGCAUGUUUAUGCAUUCAGACCACCCUAUAGACAUUCUCAAAACUAAGGUGUGGGCCAUGCUGGGCUGGAUUUUCUCUCUGCUGACCCUCUUUGCAGUUGUCGCCCUGGCCUACGUAGCGGAUGAUACCUCUCCGACCUCUUCCACGGCUGCUGCCGUGUACCAGGCCCUCCAUCGGACCCUGUGGGCAGCGGCUGUGGGCUGGGUCAUCUUUGCCUGUCAGGAAGGCUAUGGAGGUCCCGUGAAGCGCAUGCUCUCCUGUGGCAUCUGGAGUCUCCCCGCGAGCAUUAGCUAUGCCUGCUACCUUGUACACCCCAUUGUGAUCAUUCUCUAUAAUGGGCUGCAGGAGACCCUUAUUCACUACACGGACACCAACAUGCUCUAUCUUUUCUUCGGACACUGCGUGCUGACCUUCCUGUGUGGGCUGGCUCUGACCCUAUUCAUCGAGAGGCCGUGGCAGGAACUGAAGUGGGGCCUCUGGGGACCAGAGCCUGUUGGGCCGUGAGCAUUCUAACUGAAACCCAUGAGAAGCACAGGCCCUCUGCUGGCCGUGAGCACCGUGGUCCUUGGAAUAUGAAUCUGAUUCUGUGAACAUUUACUAUGUACAAUGCGGACAGAUAACCUGUGUUCUCUAUAAAAAGCAAUUCUAUGAUGAUUUUUUUUUGGGGGGUACUUGUACAGUAAUGUUUCUUUCUCUUGGCUUGGAUUUGAUUUUCUGUAUCAGUGACUGACCAUAGUGUUAAAGUAUUAAAAUAGAGGGCAGACCCGAAGCAUGAAGAGGCAUAUAGUCAUGUUCUUUUCCUACAUGACCUUAGCUUUUUGUGAUUUGAAAACAAAAUGUAGUAGAAACUACUUUAAAUAAAAUUGCAUAUUUAAAGAAAAACAAAACCAAUCAGCAGUAGCCAAAAAUUUACAUAGCUAGGGACUCUCCAAUGGGAAGAGAGCAAAUAAACAACCGUGGAGCUGUAACCAAUCACGUGGGCUUGGCACUUAUGCCUCUAGGGAGUUAGUUCCCACCUGAAGUGCCUGGGCCACACAGGGGUUGGAGCUGCCCAAUAACAACUAGUGUCUGCUCAGAUUCAUUGUAACACUUUAGUGUGCCUCAGAUGACACUUUAUCAUUGAACAGUUGCCUAAUGUAGUACACAGUAUCAUCAUUUGAGCCUUGAAGCUCAUGUGGUUUCUAAUGCUUUUAUUCUCAUGAAAAUCACACACAUAGCUUUCCAGAACAUCCUAUAGUAAUCCCCGUCCCUCAAAGUGUUGCCUUUUGAGAGAGAACGAUUUCUAGGGUUAUUGGGGAUCACUGAGGUACGAGGCCCCAGCUUACUGACCAGUGUCCUUAUAAAAAGAGACACACGCAGAAAGAAGGUGAAAUGAAGACACCGAGCGAAGACGACCACCUGUCUUCCAUCUCAGGAAGGAUCAGACACUUCAGGAAGCUUCGAGAAGCCUGCUUUAGAGCUCUAGAGAAAUUUGCCGCUCCCCUCCCCUCACCCCCCAACCACACGAUGGACGUCUGGCUGACAGCAGCAUGAGACAGACAGACGUUUCUGUCGUCUUAAGCCACUUAGUUGCAGUAUUUUGUUAUAGCGGCCCUAGGAAGCUAGAGUGCUCCUCUUAAUCUUCAGAGAUGCAUUUCAGGAGUGUCCCCCACCCCCCUGCCUCCCCUAGGAUGCUGGCUGAAGCUGCAGACUAUCAACCCGUGUAUCCUGUUUUUCUGUAUUCAUAUACGCCUAUGAUAAAAAUAUAACUUGUAAAUCAGGCAAAGGAAGAAAGAAACAACUAAUAGUAAAUAACUCAUGUUAGGAUAACUAUAAUAUAUUGUGUAACUUUGUAAGCAAUAUACUGCAAUAAAUGUUUUGCGAGUAUGGCUCCUCCUCUCUUAAAGAGA